ACGCCAGGUCAUUUAUCGCUGCCCCAGGAAGUUGCCCCAAAUACAGCUAUAAUGACCAUGCACUCUAUUCGGGGGAAGACGGCAGCGCCUGGAGAUGACAGCCUUAGCAAGCAAAGGUUGAGUCAGCGGGAAUGAUCGAAUUGCGACGCCCCUCGUCACGGACGUCGAUAUACGGAAGAGACUUCAGACAAGCCGGAGGGGAAGCGCAUCAUAGAGCGAGGGGAGGGGAGUGUGGGAUGGUCACUGUCCAUAGUCCGGAGUGUUCUUCUUCCUGCUCUCACUCCGAGGGUCCUGUCGGAGGACGAAGAGGAGCAACGACAAGAAAUGGCUAUGGCGGUGAGCUCGACGAAGGUCAGUUACCUCGUAGUAGCGGGUAUCUAGGCCAUGGUAGAACUGGCUAUGGCGUCUCGCCCCCCGGCAGAAUGGACAAAAGGAGCUCUCACGGGGUUUUGCCACGUCAUGAUUCUGAAGAUCCGGCGGCGCGCGAUCACGAUCAGAGACAAGCUACUAAUAAUGACAAGGAAAGAACUUUCCAAAUCAAAAAAGUUUUGGAUCCUCCCGUCGACGACUACCGUUCUUGGCAAUCCCCAAGUAGUGAGGGAGCACCAUCGCCGUUGACGUCAACAAUGGCGGAGAGAAAGAAGAAGGGACGCGAGCAGAGACCAGCUCGACGAGCUCCAUCGCCGUUGACGUCAACAACGACGACGCGCAGCAUUGUACUUGCUUGCGAGCCGCUGACGUCAACGAGAAAGCCAACUGCUUGUCGUGGUGGAGGUGGCCCGGAGGAGAAGAUCAACGGCCCAAGAUCGUCGCGAAGCGAGAGAUCGGUGCGAGAGCCCCUCAAAAAUGGGUAUUAUUUCAAAGAGGAGGAGGAGGAGAAUUGUGAUGGGGAUGCGGGGACACUGUUAGCCGUUGGGAAUGUUCACCCCAGAUGGCGACAUCAACGGCUGAAACGAAUUGCCGAUGAUGAAUGGUCCGAUCCGAAUUCUGAUCAUCAAAAUCAUAAGCAUGAGCAAUUAAGUCACAAGGCCGCAGAAGAGAUGACCAAUCAGACAUCACGGCAGCAGCGCAUUCGGCACCGUCGAAACCACGUCAGGGCGACUGACGAGGGAUCGACUCUCACGACGAGUACAGGAAGCAGCCAGGAAGAUCAUCAUCGUGAGUCUUACGAGGGACACAAUGAGCAUGGUGAUGGCGGGGGCAUUGCUAGUACGAGAGCGAGGAGAAGAGAGAGGAGGAGAGAGAGGAGGGAGAGAAGGGAGACGGGGGGUUGGGGGCUUAACCCACGGAAGACGUGCCGUACUAAUGCCGCGUAUUGUGAUAGGAAGAAAGAUGGCGAUGAUGACGAGGAGGAGGGGGAGCCGGACGAGGAGGCGGAGGAGGAGAAGGAGGGAGAUGGGAGGAAGAAGCUGACGAGGGAGGGGGGAUGGAUGAUGAAUACGAGGACGACAUACCAGGGUAAUUGUGUUUGCAGCGACAUUGACAAUGAUGAUGAGCAAGGGGAGGAUGGGAGGAAGAGCGCUCUCACAGAUAGGACGAAGAGAGAAAGUUAUGGCUGGGAGGGCACUCAGGGGGGUGGUAAUCAACAUAGUCGCGGUACUCGGGUAGGUACCCAGGCGUGUACUCGGAAUUCUAAGAGGAAUUCUCAGAGGAAUUCUCAGAGUACUCAGGCGCGUAAUCAGGCUGGAGGUCAACGUACUCACGAUACUCAGCUGGAUAGGCAGGGCAGUGCUCAGAGUACUCAGGCGGAUGCUGAACAUAGUCAGCAUAGUCGUGUAGGUACGCAGGCAGGUGCUCAAAGUUCUCGCAGUAGCAAGGCCGGUACUCUACCUGCUCAGAGUACUCAGAUGGGUACUCAGGGGGGUCCUCAGGGUACUCAGGCGGAUCAUGAACGUAGUCAGGGUAAUGGUGUAGGCACGCAGGUGGGUGCUCAAAGUCAUGGUACACGUGUCGGUACGCAGGGGGGUGCUCAAAGUUCUCGCAGUAGUAAGACAGGUACUCCACGUGCUCAGAGUACUCAGAUGGGUACUCAGGGGGGUCCUCAGGGUACUCAAGCGGGGGCGGAACGUAGUCAAGGUGUUCGGCUAGGUACGCAGGCAGGUGCUCAAAGUUGUCGCAGUACUAAGUCAGGUACUCCACGUGCUCAGAGUACUCAGAUGGGGACUCCCGGCGGUCCUCAGGGUACUCAGGCAGAUGCUGAAUGUAGUCAUGAUAUUCGGGUAGGUACGCAGGCUGCUGCUGAAAGUCCUUGCAGUACCAAGGCAGGUAGUCAAGGUGCUCAGAUGGGUGUUCGGGGGGCUCGUAAUGACGCAGAACAGCAGGGGAGCAAUGAGGCGGAUAAGAAGGGGAAAGGGAGACGGUCCUCCGUGGGAGCCGUGGAGAGAGAGUUGGAAGUGGUGUUGGCGGAUGUGGCAGUAGGUAAUGGAACCUUACCCGGUGGGAGGAGAGGUAGUUUGAGGCGGACCGGUCGAAUGUCUAGAUUAAUGGAUAUUUGUGAGCAAUUAUGGAUGGACGACAGCUGGGGGACAAGUCCUUUGCCUGAUCCAAGUGAGAGAAACAAAAAGUAUAAUAAGGAUAUGGAUAAGGAUACCAAUAAGGAUAGGGACGGUGAGUCGAGCUCCGACUAUUCGGCGUCUGCUACAAGUAACAACCUGCGGAUUGCAUCUCGUAUGGACAAGCUCGAUGAACAGCUCGAUGGGCAGCAGAGUGAGGUCGUGGGAACUACUUCGGCAAGGAUUCACCAUGCUAAAAAUAGAUCUUGUGCUCAAAGUUGUGAUCUUUAUCUGGACCUGCCAGGUAAGGACAAGGAUAAGGAUAAUGCCAAGGCAAAGGAUAGUAAGAAUCCCGUUGAUGUCAAUACUUUCGUUUGUCCAUGGACGUCAACAAGUGGGCAAUGCCAGCAGGUUGCCUCAGCAGCUCUCGUGGCUGAUAAGACUCAAUCCGGUGAAACUAAAGCUGCUAACUUUAGGAGGAUUCAUGAGAACAACAACAGACCAAUGGCGAGGAGGAGUCAUUGCUACCAUGACAACCCUACACAUGAGAGCAAGGAUAGUGAUACUGACAAAUGUCAAAAUCAACUUGAAGAUGAUAAGACUAAAGCUGCGGACUUUAGGAGAGUACAUGAGGACAACAACAGAUCAACAACAGCGAGGAGUCAUUGCUACCAUGACAACCCCACUGAUGCUCAUGAGAGUGAGGAUAGUGAUACUGACAAGUGUCAAAAUCGUGUUGGUAAGACUCAGCCUGGCAAACCUAAAACUGCUGACUUUAGGAGAAUACAUAAGGACGACAUCAAAUCAACGCCCAGGAGUCAUUGCUACCCCACUGAUGCUCAUGAGAGCAAGGAUAGUGAUACUGCCAAUUACCAAAAUCCUGUCCAUAAGACUUGGCCCACCGAAGCUAAAGCUGGCAACUUUAGGGGGAUUCAUGAACACAACAACAGAUCAACAUCAGCAAGGAGUCCUUGCUACCGGGACAACCCCGCUCAUGAGAGCAAGCAUAGUGAUACUGACAAGUGUCAAGAUCAUCCUGUUGACAUCAACUCCACCUGUCCACAGAUGUCAAGAAGGAUGACAAUGGAUAAAACUCCCUCGAGUGCCGACCUGCCAAAGAAGCUACUGCAGAGCGAAAUUAUGGCUACUGUGUCAAGGAUGCCCAAGGACGGCAGAUCAACCAAAGAUCGUAACUUUGCUUAUCCUUCUCAUCAGGAUAAGGUCCUGGAGCACUUUGACGUCAGCUCUAUGUGUAUAUUGACGACUGCCGCAGCGGCUACGCCUCCUCAUAUGUCAUCGCUGGUGGAGGAUAGAGCCAAAGAGUUAGCUGGUCCAAUAAAGGAAGGACCGGACAACAGACCGGCGAAUAGUCGUCGAAUUUAUCCUAAGUCGCCGAUGCAACAGGAUAACAAUAAGGAUAAGACAAAGGAUCACGUGAAUCCACGACCUUCUAGUUCAGCUGCAGUAUCCCGGCCGACAGAGGUUGAUCAUCACGUUCCGUCAUCAUCACUGGCCGACAUGCCGGAACGGAGGAUCGGUCGACAUUACCCUAGUACCUCGUCGUUGAAUCACGAUAAAAAAAUCAAUGCGGAUAUGACUAAGGAUCCGGUGAACCCAAGCCCUGCUAGUUGGUUAACCCCGUCAAGAGAUGUGCAUCAUGUCCCAUCAUCACUCGGCGACAUCCCGGAAAGGAAUCUGCGGAACGAGAGGACUGAUGAAAAUCCUCACAGAUCAACGGCGAAAACUUGCCCCUCUCAUGACCUGUCUUAUCAGGAAGAGGAGUUUGACGUCAGCCCCACUGGAUCUAUCCCGACCUCAAGAUGCAUGCAUCAUCGUCUGUCCUCACUCAUCGAUGUAGCCGAGAAGUUUCUCAAGAGCGACGCUUCAGCGGUGUCGAGACGGAUACACAGGAACGACGGAAGUCCUGUGUAUUUUGAAAAUCAUCCUAUGGAUAUGGAUAAGGAUAAGGAUAAGAGAGACGGUGAUGCCACCGCACGUUAUUUGUCGAGGUCAGCAACUGAUCAGCCUGAUCAGAUUGCAUCACAGGUUCUGAUUUCCGAGGGUACUCAGAAGAGCAAAGCCACUGCUGUUGCGUUGAAAAGGCUGCAUGGGAACAACCGAUCACCUGCUACCCUUUGUUAUCCAGAACCCCUUUGUCAUGAUGAUGAUGAUGAUGAUGGUCAGGCGGAGGCGGAGGAGGAGGAGGAGGAGGAGGAGGAGGAGGAGGAGGAGGAUAUGUGUGAGGAUGACGUCAGUCCCACCCAGUUACUAACGUCGAGAGGUAUGUAUAGUCAACCUUCAUCACGUCUGGGCAAGCCUGGCAGCAUCCUGAGAAGCCAAUCUGAUGCCAAUCCGAGAGAAGUACAUGGGAAUGGCAGAUCAUCGAGUGGUAGUUGUCUCGAUCUUCCUCCUCCUCCUCCUCCUCCUCCUCCUCCUCCUCUUCGUCCUCAUCAUCAUCAGGAUAAGGAGAGGAAUAAGGAAAAGGAUAACGAUGAGGAUAAAAAUGGGGAUUCGAGGAGAGUGUAUGGGAUUAACAGAUCAUCGAGAAGGAGUUGUCUCGAUCCUCCUCCUCCUCCUCCUCCUCCUCCUCCUCCUCUUCCUAUUCGUCGUCAUCAUCAUCAGGAUAAGCAAAAGGAUAAGGAAAACGAUAAGGAUGAGGAUAAAGAUGGGGAGGAGUUAGACCAUGAGACGAGUCCCGGUUUUCCGUCCAGGUCAGCACGUAAGCAUCGAGGUCAUUUGCUGGUUGACGAAUCUUCGGUGAACGUACCGAAGAGCCAAGCUGCUGUCGUUUCGAAGAGGUUUGUCAAAAAUACUCCAAUCUGCAGAGAUCACGAUCCUGAUGAGGAUAAGCAUAAGGACAAGGAUGGUAAGCAUAGCAAUAAGGAUAAGGAUAAGGAUACAGAUGAAGAUAAAGAUGGUCAUCACGAGAGCCCCGUUUUUCUCUCCGGGUCAGCACAUAAGCCCCAAACUCCUUUGGUCUACCGAACGUUCGCCGAUGUUUCCGCGAAGCUUCGCAAGAGCGAAGCUACCGUUUCCCCCGAGAGGUGUGCCCUCCAUCCAAUCGCUAAAGAUGAAAAGCCGAUGGUAGGCAGUUCUUUGUUUGCUGACAAUUCUGACAAGGAUCGUGCUGCUGCUGCUGCUGCUGCUGUUGAUGAUGAUGAUGAUGAUGAUGAUGAUGAUGAUGAUGAUGAUAAAGCCAUGAUGGAAGACAGUUGUUCGUCUUCGUAUUAUUGUGAUAAGGAUCACCAAUCGUCGUUUAAGAAGGACCAGAAGCAUAGAUCCCGACCAAUCAAUGACGAUGGAUGGGGAUGCCAUGCGCACGUGGGUGGUCGUCGAGCUCGGGGCCCGGACAAGAGAAGUCGUAGUGGUAGCGAUCCUCGGGCUGGUCCUUAUUCCGAUCACGAUAAUGAUGAUUGUGUUGAUAGUAAUUUGGAUGAUAAGGGUAUGGACAAGGAUAUGGAUAAGGAUAUGGAUAAGGAUAUGGAUAAGGAUAAUGAUGUGGAUAAUGAUAUGGGUGAAGAUGAAUGUCGGAGAUCUACAUAUAGGUCGAAUGGUUGUAAUAAUCGACGAUUGACGAAAGAUGUGAAGACUGUGGACUCAUACGAGGCGGUGCAAGCGGAAGAGGACGACGAGGGGGAGGAGGAGGGGGAGGAGGAAGAGAAGUGGGGCAAGGAAGGUAAGAGAGAAGAGGGGGAAGAGGAUAAGGAAAAGAUAAAGUUGAGGACUUUCAAAAAGGCUAACGAUGUGAACUCGUUCGCUACGCUUGGUGGAAGUAAUCGUGAGCUGUCGGCGAAGGAUCGAACGGCGUUAGUCAGCGGUAAUAAUCGCGGACAAAAAUGUCAUUCUGAUCACGGCAACCUUACUCGAGUACAGAACACGAAUGGUCAGGAUUACGAUCUUGAUGCUCGUCUUUGUGGUGCGAAUGCUUAUGAUGAUGAUGAUGAUGAUGAUGAUGAUGAUGAUGAUGAUGAUGAGUGCAGAAGACAAGGUCGAGGCAGAGCGAAAGGCCGUGGCAGUCGAGGGUUACUGAAUGACGUACACGUUGCCCUGAAGGAGAAGGAAGAAGACCAGGAAGACGACGAGGCAGUGGAGGAUGGGAGGAGGAGGAGGAGGAAACGAGAGCAGCCUGAUGAUGUUCGUAUGGAGGAGGAGGAGGAGGAGGAGGAAGCUUCUGCUGCAUCCGAUAACGCUAGAUCUUGCGGGAGUCGUUGCGAAGAGGAUGAGAGGGAGGAGGAUAGGUGGGAGGAGAGGGAGGUGGAGAGGGUGUUGGAGCAAAAAGAUUCGAGGAGAACGAGGGCAAUAGACGGGACAAACGUCGGUCAGAAGGGUUUGCCAUGUCAAUCGCAGGUACUUCAACGUCUGCGCUCAACACCUGCUGCUGACGAGGCCGAUCGUUAUCUUGAUAUGCGAUCCCGACGCCAGCAAGGUGAUGACUGUAAGGAUGCAGGCGAAGAGCUUCACAAGCUUCACGGCUAUGGCGACAACGGCACUGGACGGCAGCACGUGCCUCCAGUCGACCUUUGCCAAGUGGACGAUCUUGAGCAUUGCGAGAUCCGUACGCAAAACGCGGUAAAGAGACGAGCAACGCCAAACCCUCGUUGUUUCCAUCCAUUAAGUAAGGAUAAAAAUAAGGAUAAGGAGAAAGAUAUAAAAAGAGAUAUAGAUAAGGAUAAAGAUAAGGAUAAGGAUAAGGAUAAGGAUAAAGAUAAGGAUAAAGUGUGUGCACGUAAAGAUGAUUGGGACAUAAUUGCAUCUGAUGACGAGGUGAGAGCUAAGGAACGUCGAGAAUGCAAUAGCCGAGUAGUUGACCGCAUGAUCGAGUGCAGGCCAGAGUUUAGCGGUCGCCAAGGAGUGAAUGGGAGGUUGGCUCGCAAGGAAAGCAGCUAUGGAGGUUUGGGAGAGAGAGAGGAUCAGGAUCAGACUGGGGUGACACUUGCCGGCAGGAAAACGAUAAACGGAUCGUCCACGUUCCAAGCACUUGAGAAUCUGAUGGAGAGGAAACCGAUCAUAACAAGGCCAGCCAUGCAGAACGGACAGCUGCAUGGUAUAGGUGGAGGGCGGCAGCGUGGGGAGAAGAGUAGUAGAGUGCACGCUUCCCAUCUGCACUCGUCGCUGCAGCACCAGACAGGUUCGUCCGGUUUUGUAAAGCCGAAGAUGACGGCAACGAAAAAGGAGCAGCAGAAAGAGAAAGACGAGGAGGACAAAGAGAACGUGGACAUGGCCGGCAGCUGCAGUUUGUUGUCUAAUGAGAACGUGAAAUGUGGAGGAAGAGAGAUUAAGGGAGAAACGACGGAGACGCACAAGGAGAUCGCCAUGCCGGACAGAUUUGAGGUUCUACCACGUGGUAAAGGAGGAGGAGGAGGAGGAGGAGGAGGAAGAAGGAGAGGAGGGCGAGGGGGCGGGGCGGGUGGAGGAGGAGAAGGAGAGAGGGGUGUCAUGGCUAUAGCAGACAUCGCGGCCGUCCAGAAGGAGAAGCUGGGUGCGAUGGAGAAAGAGAAGAUCGCCAUGGCCAACAACUGCGAGGUUCUGCUUCGCGGUAAGGAACGAGGACGAGGAGGGGGGAGGAGGAGAGGAGGAGGAGGAGGAGGAGGAGGAGAAGGAGGAGGAGGAGAAGGAGGAGGAGGAAGAGGAGGAGCAGGAGGAGGAGGAGAGGAAGUAUCGGCAAUGAAGAAGGAGAAGAUGGACGUGGCGUGCAGUUGUGAACUUGUGCCACGCGAUAAGGGAGAGGGAGGUGGUGGCGAAAUGAACGUCACCAAAUCGUUAGACGCAGAGGAGAAGGAGAAGGAGAAGGAGAAGGAGAAGGAGAAGGUCGGUGCCAUAGCCAGCAGCUGUGAGCCUCGGCCCUUUGGAAGGGCAGUAAGAAGGGAGGGAAGGCGGGGAGGAGGGAAAGAGAUCAUGGAGACGGGGGAAGAGGUCGUCAAGGGAACCAGCAGCUGCGAGCUUCUGCCACGUGGAGGUCAAUCAAGAACGAGAGCAAGACGAGGAGAGGGGGAAGUACAGGCGGAGAAGAAAAUCCACUUAGCCGCCAACGAUUGUCAGAUUCUGCCACGUGUAGGAUCGGGAUCGGUAAAAGGAGAAGUAGCAGCGCGAGAAGGAAGAAGAGAGGAGAUAGCAGCAGCCGGAAAAGCUCAAGGCGUUGUAAUGAUGUCCGGACAAGCAAAGAGAAAGCGUGGAGUACUAGUUGAGGGUAUGGAAGAUGAGGAGAGCGAGGACAAUGAUAAGGAUAAGAAGAAGAAGAGUGACAAAUUGAAAGGGCCAACGAGAAACCCGCCGACGGAAUCUGAUGACGAACUAGGAAGAUUGAAAGAAGAGUUCAGACAGCUUUAUGGCUCAUUAACUGGAUGUACAAGGUUGGAAGAGACAGAGUCUGCUGCAGAGACGGAUGGCCAGAUCUCUCCAUCUUGCAGCGUUGUACUGAGUAAUAAGCUAAGUAACUGCCAUGGAGCAAUAGCCACUCCGGCACGUUAUGGAGGGGAGGGGGGAGAAGGAGAGGGAAGGGAGGGGGGAGGAGAAGGAGAGGGAAGGGAUGGGAGAGGAGAAGGAGAAGGAGAGGGAAGGGAUGGGAGAGGAGAAGGAGAGGGAGGGGAGGAGGAGGCAGCAGGAUGUGGACAGGAGGGAGGGAGAGAACAAGAGUUAGUUAUGACAGCAGGGACACCAGCUAGCCAGUCGAUCGAGAGGGAAAAGAGAGACGAGAAAUUCGACCCGACGACGAUGACCGAAAAACUAGGCGAUGGCGGGAUUUCCUUCCGGUGCGAUACCCGGAUCGAAAGCCCGUUCGAUCAUCCCGAUUCGGACGGUGAGCUUGAUGAGGAUCGUUGGACUGGCUCAACGUGUCGUAGCAAAGUUGACUUGCCUCCAACAAGGCGUCAGGCGGCCUUGUUUUUUGCUGAUUCCGUACAGCAACGGCGAUCAGCCUGGGAGGCCAGUCCCGAACCUGAUUCAAAACCUUGUCCAGGAGGGCAUUGUCCUGAUCCGGAAAGCGGGCAAGGACAUGGUUCAGUGCCUGUAGACCUUGAUUCAAAACCUGCUUUACGAGCUGACCCUGGCUCCUUAAGAACUGGUCCAGCACCUGGUCCAAAACUUGGUCCACGAGGACGUUGUUCUGAUCCAGCAUGUGGUCCGGGACAUGGUUCAGGGACCGCUGACCUUGAUUCCAAACCUGAUUUACGAGCUGAUACUGGUUUCUCGAAGCCUGGUCCAGGGCCUGGUUCAAAACCCGGUCCAGGAGGACAUCAUCCUGAUCCGGAAUGUGGUCCAGGACAUGGUUUAGGCGCUGUUGAUUUUGAUUCAAAACCUGGUUUACGAUCUGGUCCUGGUUUUUCGAGACCUGGUCCAAAACCUGGGUCUGGAGAAGACGCAGAAUGUGGUAAUGAGUCAGGAAUCGGUCUAGGAGCCUCACGGGGUCUGAAAACCCGUCCCCGACCUGGUUCUGCAAGGGGUCUGGCACCUGGUCCUUGUUCAAGACCUGGUGCAGAACCUGGUUCACCAGGAGAAGGUCCGGGAUCUGGUGCAGGAUCCAGUUCAGACCCUGAUGCAGGAGUUGCUUUGGCUACAGCUUCUGUUCCCCACCGACUUACUGGUGGUUUCAUCUGUGACAGCUCAGAGGGCAGCCUUAGUCAGGACGAAUACCAACCGUUGGAUCUUAGAUCAGAGAUGCAUGAGGGCCUCACUCAUCAGAUCGCAUCGAAGGCAGCCAUCCAUGCUCGCAGCGGGAUUGGGUUGACCUCCCCUGUGGCUCUGAGUUUGACUUUGACUUCCUCUGCAGCAGAUGACAGUGUCAAAGUCAAACCCAGCCUGCCUGUUCCUAUGGACGCCCAGUCGGCAGGAACGGAGUCCCGUACAAGGUUGCUGCCAACCGCUUCCAGACCUGACCCUCCAGAAUCUCCCUGUCAACUGGAUCAUGAUGGUCGUCUAUGGUCGCCACCUUCAUCCUGUCACAGUGACCGAAACGAUCUGAAAAGAGCAAAGGUCCAUUCUAUUCCAGACGGUGAAAAUGCAUCAUUGGGUAACGCUCAACAGUCGCCCUCAGCCCGACAAGAGGUUCCUCCCGUUCAUCACCACCACCACCACCAUUAUCAUCAUCAUCAUCAAAAUGAUGCUGUUGAAGUCAGCUCUGAGGGGAUAGGGGAACUAGCUGCUGGCAGAACCUGCAGUCCAAGGGAAUCCCAUGCUGAUGGAUCUGCGGCUGUGCCGUUUCACAUUGGUAAUCAGCAGUCUGGACCGAUGGAAGGCGAUGUUGGUGGAUCAGCAGCCUUACAUCCGGACGAUCAUGUCGAACAAUUGAGCAUGGGGUGUGCAGGCGUGAAGACGAGGACAGGCAAUCCCAGGCCUGCGUAUUCAAGACAGCGACGGGAAACAUGCAGUCAUACUAAACGAGGACCUCGUACAGGCAGCAAGGAGAACGAACCUCCAUGUCCAAAGGGGAGUGAUGAUGAAGAUUGCACGGCUGCUGCUGAGGAGAGUCUGCGGAAACAUCUAGACCUAUUCAACAGAGAGUAUGAUGGCCUUCUACAAAGACUUGCUAGUGAAAAAACAUCUCAGCAGCGGGAGGAGCAUAAUAUAGCACGAAUCAAAGAGCUUGAGCAUGAGAUUCUUGAAUGCACCACCAAGUAUGAGCUUGAGGUGAGAAUUUUGUACAAACGUUACAUAUGCUAAAUCUUUCAUAAUUUUCUCAUCAACAGGUUGUCUCAACAUUAUGUUGCCCAUGAGUCACUUUUUUUUCCAUAAAAAAAUUGAGUCACCAUCACCAGUAUCCCCCCCAAAGAUUCUCUUUUGACUCUUUUUCCCAUUGUUUUCCGACUUGUUUGUAUACAACCAUAAUUUUGGGGAGCUUGGUCUCCGGGACAUCUUUUUUUUUUUUUUUUUUUCUCCCAUAAAAGUUGCGAAGUGGGUGCAACAUCCCUAACAUUAUUUAUAGUGACAUGUGGAAUGAGCAAGGUCUCUGAUCGAGCUCUAUGCUGGCCACCAUCAAUAGAACCAAAUGAUAACAACAAUGAUUGAAACGACCUUUAAAAAACACAACUUGGAAACCGAAAACAAAAGUCAAAACCAACA